GAUAAACUAACAGGAAGUCCUUGAAGUGAAUUCCCCGGAGCACAUGGAGCUACCAACAGAGAAGCAUGCGAUUGAAUCCCGUUUGGAGCCUCCUAGGUGGACGACUUCUCCAGAGGACCAAUAUUCCGACUCUGCAUCCGAGUCCAGCGAGGAAGCCUCCAGCGCGGACGGCCUGUGGCGGCCCGGCCGGCUGUGCCAGGAGACGGGCUCCGUGUCUCCGGCUGAGAGGGACCACAGACGUUUGGCCAGGAGGAAGCUCGUCGUGGCCGCCGCCGUCAGCCUGGUGUUUAUGGCCGGGGAGGUGAUCGGUGGAUACGCUGCGCACAGUUUGGCCAUCAUGACAGACGCUGCACAUCUUCUGACUGACUUUGGCAGCAUUGUGAUCAGCAUCUUCUCCCUGUGGAUCUCCUCCAGGCCUCAAACACACAACAUGACCUUUGGGUGGCAUCGAGCAGAGGUCGUGGGCAUGUUGCUGUCAGUGUUGUCGAUCUGGACUGUGACGGCAGUGCUGCUCACGUCGGCCACCCAGAGGCUCUCUGACGGGGACUACGACAUUGACGCGCGCAUCAUGCUCAUUACGUCCGGCUGCGCUGUGGGGGUCAACGUCCUGAUGGUCCUGAUCCUCCACCAGUCUGGAGCCUCUCACGGCCACAGUCACGCACUUCCCACCGCGCACCACAAGCGGCGCCCGGUGAGCGGCGCCCACCGCGACCACGGCAACGCCAGUGUGAAGGCGGCCUUCAUCCACGUGGUGGGGGAUCUGGUGCAAAGUGUCGGAGUCCUGCUAGCUGCCACCAUCAUCCACUUCUGGCCAGAGUAUAAAGUAGCAGAUCCGAUUUGCACGUUCCUGUUCUCGCUUCUGGUUCUUGGAACGACGCUUCCAGUCACUAAGGAUGUUUUCAGAAUCCUGAUGGAGGGAGCUCCUCCGCACGUGAGCUUCAGCGCGGUGAAGGAGCUGCUGCUGUCUGUGAGGGGAGUUGUGUCGGUUCACAGUCUGCACAUGUGGAGCCUCAACAUGACUCACUCUUUGCUCUCUGUCCACAUGGCCACAGAAGAUGCUGAUACACAGAUGGUCCUCAUGAAGGCAACAAAGCUCCUGCGCUCAGAGUUUGGCUUCUCCACUGUCACAAUCCAAAUAGAGCACUGAAAAGACUUAAUUUAAAGCUUUGAGUAUUUAACACAAUGCUGUUACUGUGUUAGUUUGAGCUUUGGCCAUGAUUUCAGUCAGGAUGACAGAUUUUACACUCAAGGUUUAUUUAUGAAGUAGCUGACA